CGAAGAGCCUCAGAUGAAUGAACAAGAGUCACUCACCAUCACUAAAUGAGUCUCUCCACCUGCUGCAGGUUCUCAGUUUGAAAAUGUUCCUGCACAGAAGUCCAAUCAGAGGCGUGGGGCUUUGGCUUCUUCUGCUCGCUUCCACGCAUGGCGCCUCAGGCCAGAGGAGGAAGGAGGCAAAAAGCAGCAACUACAAACUGCAAGACGACGGAGGAAAUGGUAUCUUUGUUACGAAGUCUUUGUAUCCUCUUGGACGUAACUGUAGCCUGGAGGUGAUUUUCAUUCUGGACAGCUCUGAAAGUGCAAAAACUAAACUAUUCCAGCAGGAGAAGAUCUUUGUGUUGAGGUUCAGCACAAAGCUCUCUAUGCUCAAGAUGACCGGCGUUUCGCUGAAGGUCCGAAUGGCUGCACUCCAGUACAGCAGCUCUGUGUCCGUCGAGCACAGAUUUGUUGACUGGAAAGACCUGGACUUGUUCCACAGUAAAAUCAACGACAUGAGCUACAUCGGCCAAGGAACCUUCACCUCUUUCGCCAUCACCAACGCCACGCAGAUGCUGCUGCAGGAAACGCAAAAGGAGGCUGUCAGGAUCGCGGUGCUCAUGACCGACGGGGUCGACCAUCCCCGCGGCCCCAACGUGAUUGUGGCUGCCGAAGAGGCCAAGCGCCACGGCAUCAAGAUCUUCACUGUCGGGUUAUCAUAUGUCUCCUUUCAGAAAGAGAACAAGGAAAAGCUCCAGGCCAUCGCAAGUUCCCCUGCGGAGCGGUUCGUCCACAGCAUGGAGGACCAACAACUGCAAGAGAAGCUGCUCAAAGAGAUGGGAGCCGUCGCAGUGGAAGGCUGCCCACCAUGUGUGUGUGAAAAAGGAGAGAAAGGCAGUUCAGGCAGUCCUGGAAGAAAAGGAGACCAAGGCGACGAAGGGCCAUCGGGUCAAAAAGGAGCAAAGGGUGAACCUGGAUUAAAUGGCAAACCAGGAAAUGAUGGCUCAAAGGGAUUUCCAGGUUUUAAGGGCAACAAGGGGAUGAAAGGAAACUGUGGUCUUCCAGGAGGAAAGGGUGCCACUGGACUUGAAGGACCUCCAGGCCCACCAGGAUUAAAAGGAGAACAGGGCGAAAUAGGACCAGUGGGAGACGUUGGGCCUGAAGGCCCAGCAGGACCUAAAGGGGACAGAGGGCAUUCUGGUGAACCUGGACCACCAGGGGACUUUGGGAUCGGUCCUCCGGGAGCCAAGGGUGAAAAGGGAAUUCAGGGAAAACCCGGUGGAAUUGGACCAGCUGGGAAAGGAGAUCCAGGACCGCCUGGCCCCCAAGGACCAGCCGGACCCCAAGGAAAACCUGGAAUCCCAGGAGAAGGGUUUCCAGGACCAAAAGGGGACAGAGGAUUUGAAGGUCCACGAGGAAACCGCGGGCCUCCUGGUAUCGGGAUCAAAGGUGACAAGGGUAAUUAUGGGCUUCCAGGACCCCAAGGUCCAGUUGGUGAACCAGGAAUUGGACUUCCUGGGGAAAAGGGAGUCCAGGGUCCAGUUGGACUUACAGGACCCAGAGGAGCUCCAGGAAUAGGACUAACGGGGCAAAAGGGGAACCAGGGUCUCCCGGGUGAGCCUGGACUACCAGGAGAGAGGGGAGCGGGAGCACCAGGACCAAAGGGUGAUUCUGGAGUUCCAGGUUCAUCAGGAUUCCCUGGUAUACCGGGAGAGGACGGGAGUCCAGGACAAAAAGGUGAUGUUGGUUUGCCAGGACCCAGAGGACCUGAUGGGAUUCCCGGGAGAGGAGUUCCUGGAGGAAAGGGCGACAAAGGGGACAGGGGCAGCAGAGGCCAGCCAGGUCCGUCCGGUCCAAUGGGACCACUGGGUCCAAAGGGCGAUUCAGGAAACGUCGGACUGCCAGGAGCGACUGGACCUCCAGGGAGGGGCAUUUCUGGUCCCAAGGGAGAUCAAGGCCCACCAGGUCCAGUUGGACAAAUGGGAGAGCCUGGUGUUGGUUUACCUGGACCCAAGGGCGACCGAGGGCCGCCUUGUCCUCCUGGGCCUCCAGGACCGAAAGGUGACGGUUUCGUCGGCCCUCCAGGACUCCCAGGACCUCCUGGCCUGCCAGGAGAGACUGGACUUGAUGGCAUUGGUUUGCCGGGGCCCAAGGGGGACAGGGGUUUUCCUGGACCGCCUGGUCCUGCUGGGCCUCCAGGAAUUGGUCUGUUCGGUCCUAAGGGUUCACCAGGUCCGGCUGGACCUCCUGGCCUUCCAGGUUUACCAGGAGAAGGUGCACAAGGAGAGAAGGGGGAUCGUGGAUUUCAGGGGAUUCCAGGACCCAGAGGUCCUCCAGGACAAGGUCUGCAAGGAGACAAGGGAGACAGAGGACUCAGAGGUGAGACUGGAAAAAAGGGAGACAGAGGACAGACUGGACAGUCAGGAGACAAAGGAUCUGCGGGCAGAAUGGGGCAGAAAGGGGAAGCUGGACUAACAGAGACUGAGAUUAUAGAGCUAAUCAGAAAGAUAUGCAACUGUAGCGAGUCCUGCAAGCAAAAACCUCUGGAACUGGUCUUUGUAAUCGAUAGCUCAGAGAGCGUAGGGCCUCAAAACUUCCAAGUGAUCAAAGACUUGGUGAACGCUGUGGUGGACCGCACCACAGUCAGCUGGAACGCCACGCGUGUGGGUGUUGUCCUCUACAGCGACAUUAACGUAGUCGUGGUCGACCUCAAGCAGGAAGCCACAGCGGACGAGGUCAAAUCCGCAGUUUACGCCAUGGACUACCUGGGCGAGGGAACCUACACGGGCAGCGCCAUCGAAAAAGCCAACCAGAUGUUUGAGGCGGCACGGCGGGAUGUGAGGAAGGUGGCGGUCAUCAUCACAGAUGGACAGACUGACACAAGGGACGUGGUUAGCCUGGAGAGCGCGGUCCUGAAAGCUAAUGAAAGUCAAAUUGAGAGGUUUGUUAUUGGCGUUGUGAAUGAAAGUGACCCCAACUCAGAGGAGUUCAAGAAGGAGCUCAACUUCAUCGCCUCAGAUCCUGACCAGGAUUACAUGUUCCUGAUCAAAGACUUCAAAGUGCUUAAAGUUCUUGAGAAAAGACUCCUGCGGUGUGUCUUUGAAGAAGGAAAGGUUGCCCUCUUUGACCACCCAACGAUAGCCACGUUCCUUCUUCCUGGGAUUUCACAAGGGACUGGUAAAAAUGGAAGAGCUCCAUUUAGGACUGGUGGAGACACUCCCACUUUCCCAGGAGACUCCAGGAGGGACAAGAUAGUGCCAGGUUACCCAGCAUCCCAAUUAGAGCCGGAGUUGGUCCUUCCCGAGAGACCAAACACAGACGAGGACAGAAAUCCUACAGAACCUCAGAGGUUCCCCUUCUUUGACAGGGAGCUUUACCGACCUGUAGAAGAGUUCCUCCCACCGUUUGAUGCAAACAAACCCAAACACCAAGAGCCUGGAGCCAACGGACAAGCCGGUGCUUCAACGAGGGCUCUGACCAAGAAAGAGUCGUCUUUGGUAAUUUCUCCUCCACUAAAGCCAUCAGACUCCUGGAGAUCAGCGGGUUGCAGCCAGAACCUGGAUCCAGGCCCAUGUCGGGACUACGUGGUGAAGUGGUACUAUGAUGCCACAUCUAACUCCUGCGCCCAGUUCUGGUUUGGCGGCUGUCAAGGAAACCAAAACCGGUUUGAUACAGAGAAGAAAUGUAGAGAAACCUGUGUAAAGGUCUAAUUCUCUUAGGAAUAAAAAUGUAUGUUAUUACGUAAACACUAGUGAAACAUUUUGGUCUGAUAUACAUGUGACUGUUCCAGUAAUUUCCUCUUUAGUGCUUUCAUUUCUCUUUAUUAUUGAGCAUUACUAACCAUGAAGUGAUUAGAUCAAAUCAACAAAUGAUUACAAUUUUACAAUGUAAGAGGAUGGUCAUGAAUAAAUGUAUGUUUUCUUUAUACUGUUGACAGGAAAUGUUGGUAUAUUGUGUGAAUAAAGCUAUAGCACAGAAAAGGACUGGUCUGCCAAGACUGCAGUCCCUCCUGGUGGUUGAUGAAAGAUUUAUACUAACAGAAACUUUAAAUAUGAAAAAGGCUGCCAAACAUGGAAUAAAAUGAAUUCAACUAACA